CCCCUUCAUUUUUCUCUUUUUUUUUUUCAUCUUCUUCUUUCUUCUUUCAUGUUUUUCAACAUUUUCCUCAAGAAAAGAAGAAAAAAAACAACGUGAGAAGAUAGAGGAGUCAUUAACAGCAAAAGGGUGCGUGGAUUUGGAACAAAAUGGCGAGAGAGGCUUUCAUUUUGAAGGAAAGUGCCUUGUUAUCUUUCAGAGCAUUGAAGAGCUUGUUGACGUUGAUAUGUGCGGCUGCCAUGCUGCUGCUGCUGCCGUUCAGAGGGCCGAGGAGGGUGUCUCCGGCCGAGAAGCCGAGCAGCAAGGAGGAAUGCCACCGGAAAGGCGCAAUGGUGCGCAUGCCGGCGAAGAUGGUGCCGAGGAAAAGUGGUGUUGGUGUGGUGGUGGCAAGGAGGGAAUUGGCCAUAAGGAGGGUGGUGGAGGAUGAUGAUCAAAGGUGUGUGAGGGAGUAUUGGAUUUUGGGAACCAAAAGGGGUGACACCAUUUUCACACAAUGUUGGACACCAGUUUAUCACAAGAUAAGGGGACUCGUUCUUCUUCUGCAUGGUCUAAAUGAACACAGUAGCAGAUAUAGUGAUUUUGCAAAGCAGCUGAAUGCUAAUGGUUACAAAGUUUAUGGAAUGGAUUGGAGUGGACAUGGUGGGAGUGAUGGGCUACAUGCAUAUGUCCAUUCUCUUGAUGAUGCUGUUUCUGAUAUGAAAGUAUUUGUUGAGAAGAUUCUCAAUGAAAAUCAUGAACUUCCAUGUUUCUGCUAUGGACACUCAACAGGUGCAGCCAUUAUUCUGAAGGCACUGCUUGAUCCAAAGGUUGAAGCCAGAAUAGUUGGUGCUACAUUCACCUCACCAGCAGUUGGAGUGGAGCCUUCUCAUCCAAUUUUGGUGGCACUUGCACCCAUACUUUCCUUUUUGCUGCCAACAUAUGAAUGCAAUUCUGCAUAUAAGAAGGGAUUACCGGUGUGUAGAGAUCCAGAGGCUCUGCAUGCAAAAUAUUCAGACCCACUAGUAUGUACCGGAUCUCUGAGAAUACGUACUGGCUAUGAAAUUCUUCGAAUUACAACGUACUUGCAACAAAAUUUCAGAAAACUGAGAGUUCCAUUUCAAGUUCUCCAUGGCACUGCUGAUUCUGUUACUGAUCCUGAUGCUUCUCGAAAACUGUAUGAACAGGCAUCCUCAACAGACAAAACUAUCAAACUCUAUGAAGGAUUCUCACAUGACCUCCUCUUUGAACCUGAACGAGAAAACAUCACAAGGGACAUAAUUCAAUGGUUGAAUAGUAGAAUAUGAAAUAAGUUAGAGCAGUGAGGGAGCAUAUCAGUGAAAUUUCAACCAGAGAAAUUGAAAGAUUAGCAGUUUAGUGAUCAAUUUCUCAUUGGUUGUAAGAGGAAAAACAACUUGAAAAAGCCAUGCAAACCCUGAGGCAUGGUUUUUUGUAUUGGAAUCCUUUAAAUCUUUUAUUGAUUAGGCAA